UUUUCGCGCUGACGUUUUUAGUGAAUAAGAACUUCGAGUAAAAACCCCUUGGUAAAUCGUUCCUAGGAAAAAUUCCCAGGAAAAUUCUCCUUUAUCUAGUUAGCGAAGCCUAAUUUCUUUACCUGAUCGUUAAAUUUUGUCUCAUUUCUCAGAAUUUCAUCAAAAUUUCUCCCAGCUGUACCUGAAUUCUGGUUAAUCCAUCAAUUCGUUAUUCUAAAAUUUCCUGAAAUUAUCUUGGGUUUCUGAAAAUUACCAACUUCUCUGAUUCUGCGUUGAAUUCCGCAAAAUUUUGAUAUUGUUGGGUAAUAGUGAGUCGUUAUGAUGAAAUUAGGGUAAAUGAUUUGCUGAAUUUCCAGCGAAUUCGAUUUUGGAGUCCUAUCAAGGUGCUGGGUUGAGCCAAACUGGCUUUAUUGGAUUCUUAAGUGAAACACCCAAAAACCACAUUAAAAAAAUGUCGACCGGAAGUGACAGCUCGUGGGUUGGGAAGAAGCCGCUGAGGCGAGUCGGCGGCAUGUCGGAUGCUCUCUCCAUUGCUUCCGAUCUCGGCUUUCAUCUAUCUGCCCCUCCUCAGGAGGCGCUCCACAAUCCAUCUGUUGCGGGGGAAAAGAGUGAUGAUUUGGUAAGGGUUUUAAGAGACCUUACAGCGGUUCAGAGGAAAAUUGCAGAUUUAGAAGUAGAAUUGCGAGGGAGAAAGGAUGACAAGAAUGUGGCAUAUUUGACACAUGUGACCGAAAUGGAAAAGAAGAUAGAGACUUUAGCUAGGAUAACUACUAUAUUGAAAGACGUGAUUCAAAACAAGGAUCGUAUUAUUGCCCGUCUUCAACAGCCGUACUCAUUGGAUUGUAUUCCCGUGGAAGCAGAAUUCCAGAAGCAAUUCUCGGAGUUACUAAUGAAGGCAGCUAGUGAUUAUGGUGCGUUGUCAGCAUCAGUUGCAGAUUUUCAGUGGAGCCAGAACUUUAAGGAACCACCAUCAGUUUGGGCUGAUAUGCUGCGUCCAAUACCUGUCGCUCUGGCAUCAUGCACUCGGUUUUUUGAAGCCAUGUCAGCAAUGAGGGAAUCAUUUGCAACCCUGCAAAAGCUGAGGACGGGUCGUUCUUCUGCCAACUCCCUUCCCUCAACACCUGCCAGGAAUCCCUCUGAAAGUGCAACGGGGGACUCCGAUUGUGUGACUCCACCUCCUUGGAGAAAUGAUUCAAGCUUUGAUGAUUUAGCUAUAAAGAGCACGAAGAGUCGAGAGGUUGAGCAGCAGGAAGGGGACAAUUUUGGUGAAGCAACCGAGUAAGAUGGUACCGGCCUCGUCAAAAACUGUUCGGCAAUGAUAUGUGCACUUUGAUAAUAAGUGCAAGGUUUUCUUUUUGUGUUGUGUAAAUUUGAAAAUGAGAAGAGCGUGUAAUAUUCCAAUGAGAUAUUGUGAUAUUUUAAGCAAAAGCUCACCACAGUUUUAGUGAUUUCCUGGUUUGUUCAAGAAUAUCCUUUGAGCAGGCUUGUAAAGUUAGAGGUCUUCAUACAAAAGCCUUCCUGCAAAAGUACAGAACUUUUACUUCGAAAAUUUGUAUCAUGCAUAACGCUUCUUAUCAAAUCUUUACCAAGGAAAUUAGCCAAGUCAGGCUACUGGUUAUCAUAUGCUCAAGGUUUGUGUGAUUGUUACUUUUAGCAAUGUAUUCAACUGCCUCUAUCUUUUCCUUAAGGCUUAAUUUAAUUGAUUUGCUUCCCUGA